AGCCGUUGGCUUCAGAGCCGGGCGCAGCUUCAAAGUUCAGCUGCCCCAUGGCUGUCGGCGAAACCAGUCAAGGUGAGAAGCGAAAGGAGGAAUCGGCGAAGAACUAUGGCGAUGGGAUUGAGUACUGGAACAAGAGGUAUCGAAAUGAGACCGCGCCAUUCGAGUGGCUGGAGAGCUUUGCUGAGCUCGAGAGCCUCAUUAAGGAGGCAACUUCAGGCAGAUCGGAUGCUGCAAUCCUGCACGUGGGCUGCGGAAACUCCUUGCUUCCCGAAGCAAUGUAUGACCAUGGGUACAAGGAUAUAACCAGCAUAGACAAUGCUGAGGUGUGCAUUCAGCAGAUGGUUGCCAGGAACAAGGACAUGCGCCCAGAGCUGAAGUGGUUGGAGAUGGACGCCACGGCGCUAGGCUUGUCGGAGAGCAGUUUCGACACCGUCAUCGACAAGAGUGUGCUUGACACCUUUGCCUGUGGUGACAACGCCUCAGCUGUGAUCAACAAGUACUUGUUGGAGGUGCAAAGAGUGCUGAGACCGCGGGGCACGUUUCUUUGUGUCAGCUAUGGCGUGCCGGCCACCAGGGUGGAUUACUUCAAGGGGAAGGGCUUGAACUUGGCGAUCAAGCAGGUCCCCAUCCCGGUGAAGAUCCCAGGUGGCAGCGUGCACUAUGCCUACCUCUUGCGCAAGGGGGUGACAGCAAGGUCAUAAGUAGUCGGAGUGACGGCCUGACGGCAUCCAGCCUCACUGCAACUUGGAGGGAGUGCAAGAGAAGAUGACUACGCCCAGAAACUGCCAGCUGCCCUCAAAAGACCGCUAGCACGAGAG